UCCGGCCACCAAACUGCUAGUUAUUUUCCCUGCUAUCAACAGAAGAACAAAACCGAUCAGAAAGAAACACGUGUUGACGGAAGUAAGCAGAUGGCGUGCAAAGGAGAAAACUCAGUAAGCAAAGAUGCCAAAAGCACUGCAUCUGGUUCACUGGGUGACACGCUAGUGAUUCUCAAAAACCCUACAUUUUGGAUACUGAUGCUGUGGUAUUUGUGUCAGGAAACUCUUAUUAUUACAUAUCAAGGUUCUUUUUACACGAUGAUCAAUUACUACGGAAACAAUAUCAAAAACAAAGUAAGUACGUAUACGGACGUGUAUUCCUGGUUCCAAGUGGGUUCUUUGUUUUGGGCCUUGCUGACUGGUUUGAUGCUGGAUAAGCUUGUUGCCGGGAAAACCAAGCAAGACAAAGAGGGAUGCUUCGUGGUUCCAUUUUUCCUCACAGUUUUGACGGGAUUCCUUGUAUCCAUAGCAUGUAUCAUCCCCAUUGUCGAGCUACAAUUUGUGGCCAUUUUGUUUCACUCUUUGUUGAAAACCGGGACGCAUGCUUUACAUUUGACAUUCAUGACCUCCGCGUUCCCAAAGGAACAUUUUGGGAAGGCAUUGGGAACACAAUUAAGCAUUGUGUAUAUUUUCACAUUUAUUGAACUACCAGUAUUUUCCUGGUAUAAGCACAGCCUAGAAAGUGACCCACUCUGGUUGGGAGUGCUGUUCCUUGGAUUAUGCUUCACCGCCAACUGUCUGCCUUUUUACCUCCUCUGGCGUCGGUGUCGCACCACGAAGUCUGACAAUUACACGCCUCAAUAAGAUCACAACCAGAAAAGGGGACUUUACAAAUGGCCGCAUAGACUGUAGAUGUAGCCACCGUGUACUAUUAAUAUUACUUCGUGGCUAGAGGGUCGAUAUACCUUCUGUCUACCAAAACCUACAGACAUUUCUGUCGAGCUGAUAUGUUUGUAUUCCUCCUAUCCUCAAAUUAUAUAGGUUUAUUAAUAUAUGACUUGUUAGAUAUGCA